AUGGCAAACGUCGAGGUUUCUAUAGACAAUGAUGAUAUCUACAACCGCUUCUCGCCUGGACGAAAGGUAGCUAUCACGCUGGUCCUUGUUUGGUCAUCGUUUCAGUGCACACUCGCUACAACCACGGUCAUAUCGGCUAUCCCAGAAGUAGGCGCCACAUUUCACACGACAGAAACUACCAUUGCAAUUUCCAAUGCCGUGAUGCUUCUUUGUCAAGUGGCUGGGCCAAUCCUAUAUGCCCCAAUCGCAAACACUGUUGGUCGCCGGCCCAUUCUCCUUGCGACAAAUGCUAUAUUGCUCGCGUUUAGUCUGGGCACCGCAUUCGCCCCGAAUCUUCCAAGUUACUUUAUCUUUCGAUUCCUUACCGCACCUCAAGUGACAGCCAGCCAGGUUAUUGCAACUGUCGUCAUUGGUGACAUUUACCCAGCCGUCACGCGCGGCCGCGCAUUAGGAUGGCUGAUGGUGAGCACCACCCUCGGGCCAGGCAUAGCACCUCUUCUUGGUGGAGUGAUAGUAUCAUAUGCCUCAUGGCGUGUGAUAUUCUGGGCACAAACCGGCAUGGCGAGCCUGUCGGUGCUGUUGCUAGCUAUAUUCCUGCCAGAAACGAUUCACGAAAGGAAAACUCGGAUCUUCGCCGACUUGUCUCUUAGCGGAAAGGUGAAGCAAUUCAUUCACCUGAUUAAUCCAUCAGAGAUAGUCACGCUUCUGUUUUCAGCCCCGGGUCUAGCAAUCAAUGCCAUUACGGUUGUCAUCUUGCACUGGAAUAUGUACUCCACUCUCACGCCGAUCCGCGAAGUGCUCAAUCCGCGCUUCCAUCUCAGUUCGCCCCUACAGGCAGGUCUCUUUUAUCUGGCGCCCUCUGCAGGAUUUAUGACUGGGUUGUUCUGCGGCGGGCAACUUUCAGACUGGGCAGUGCGACGGUAUAUCCGACGACGCGGGCGAAGAGUGCCAGAGGACCGAUUGAACAGUACGGUGGGUGUAGUGGGCAUAGCCCUACCAGUCUGUUCACUCUUGUACGGCUGGGCAGUGCAGCAGGCAGUCGGCGGCAUUCCCCUAGUAGUGGUUGCGCUAUUUCUUCAGGGAGUGUUUCAAGUGAUGCCAUUUGUCAGCCUGAACGUAUAUUGCGUUGACGUGAUGGAGGGAACAGGCAAAAGCUCGCUAGCCGUCGCAGGAAGUUAUAUGGCCCGCAAUGUGGCGGCAGCAGCGGGCACGGCUGCAUGUCUUCCUGCCAUUGAGGCGAUCGGAGUCGGAUGGUUUAUGACUAUCGCGGCCGGCUUACUGAUGGUGGCUGCGGGUUUUUUGUGGUUGGCGACGCGGCGUGGGGAAGAGUGGCGGAUGCGCGGCGAGGAAAAGCCCACUGAGCGAUCUUCCCUCCCGUCGGUAAGAUGA